AGUACAGACCAAGGAAGUAAUUGCAUCAAGCGGGCUAAGACUCAACAAGAACUCCACUCCGCUUGUAAAGUACAAGAUGAAAUUAAAGCUGUUAUUUUCGUGUCUUUCUCUGCUGACCAUCACUGUCCAAUCCGUUUCCCUUAAUGCGGAGAGAAAGAGUUCUGUGACUAAAUAUUCUCUGGAGCUGUCAAGUGGUGGAAAAACGUUUGGCGAACAGAUCGAAAUUGACACCAUAAAGGGGACAGAGACUUUCCACGUACCGAAGACAUCGCCUAAUGAAUCAGCAGGAGAUAUAAUCUACGAUUUUAAAAGGCAAGUGACAAUGGCUCGCUUGCCAGCAGAAAAGGCAUGCUAUAUGGCUAAUUCAAUCGAUGAACCUCUCACACCUGCCGAUUUAAAGGAAGCUUUAGAAAUGAAAUCUCCCGGAACGAGCGAAGAGUUAGCAACUUCUUCAACUGAAACCCAAAUGACGGUUGUGGGAGAGCUUGAAGACCGUUCAGCGCUGAGUGCUGAAAUGGCAGAACUGUGUGUCAAUCUACCAAUCUAUAUCGUCACCAAUGGCGCUGUGAUCCUNGUUGACACAAUUGACAAUCCUUACACACGUGUGAAACGAGCUUUCUUCCGCAAGCUAAGACGGAAGGGAUUCUUACGCAAGCUCAAAAAAAGGGCUUGUAAAAGAGUGUGUAAAUGGGCUACAAAACGGAUUUGCAGGAGGGUUCCCUUCAGGUUCAACAGGUUGCGGAGGAGUGAAAACGGUAUGGCAACCGAAUACGCGCAGUUUGACAAAAGAGCAUUCGACAAUGAAGUUAGCGAAGACGAUGACGUAGGAACAAUAAAAAAGUCAGCUGACCCCCUUGGAAGUGGAGGUGGAGGUGGAAGUAGAGGUGGAGGUGGAGGUGGAGGUGGAGGUGGAGGUGGAGGUGGAGGUGGAGGUGGACGUGGACGCUGA